UUAUGCUGCUCCCGUUUGACACCGCCUUUUCAGAUGUGAACCAAUCAAAACGGAGAGCUGAGACCAGAAUAGAAAGCCAGCCAAUCACAGCGUCCUCUCUGCACAGCGCAUUAACGACCCGCAGACACAAUUUUCCUCAUCGUUACAGUGGAUCAUGAUGGUUAAGGAGUUGCGGCGCGAAUAAAUGGUGUGAAAUACUCCGUUUAAUUCGGAAAAUUGCGAUUAUUUGUCCUGCUUUGAUCGUUUUUAUUGCUGCUCCGUGGGGAAAUAGCCAGGGCUUUGAGGGCGCUCAGUGUUUUUAGAGCCCGAAAUAGUCGCUGUCAGGACUACUGUUUUGUUGAUGUCAUCCGCGGUGGAGCUGUUAGCGACCUUCAGUUUGUAGGAAAGACCGGGAUAAACAAAGACUGGUUUGAAGGUGGUUUUUUCCCCCCUUGUCUGUUUUGUUUUCCUUGCCGGUGUCACCAGCAACGAGGAUGGGACUAUUGCUGCCCUGCAUUCUGCUGUUAUCCGUCUCCACUUUCACAGCCGGUUUAGAUUUUCAGCAGGGAUCCAAACCCUUCGGACAGUCGGUUUUCGUGAGGCGUUCGUACAUUGAAGAGAAAGCUGCGAAAAUCGCCAAGAGGUCUCUGCCUGCAUGGCUGGCUGCAUCUCCAAACCACAAGAUAAAACGAAGGAGCACCGAGCAGGGCGACUCCUGCAAAGCUCUUCAAGGAUUUGAAACCAAGUUAGAAGGCAACACCCACCGUUUUACCUUCAAUGACCUGAGUGGGUCAGUGUCGCUGGCCUGGGUUGGAGAUGGCACCGGGGUCAUCCUGGCUUUGACGACUUUUCAAGUGCCCUUCUUCAUGAUAAGACUUGGGCAGUCUAAACUCUAUCGAAGUGAGAACUAUGGGAAGUCCUUCCAGGAUGUGACCAACCUCAUCAACAACACCUUCAUCAGAUCAGAGUUUGGCAUCGCAAUCGGCCCUGAGAACUCUGGGAAAGUGAUCCUGACAGGCGAAGUGUCUGGAGGUUAUGUGUCUCGGAUCUUUGUCUCCGAUGACUUUGGAAAGACUUUCACCCACCAGGACCUGCCCUUCAUCCCUCUCAUGCAGAUCAUAUACAACCCUGAGAAUUCCAAUGUGCUGCUGGUCAUCAGCAACAAUAAUGAACUGUGGCUGUCUGAAGAUUUUGGCAGAAGCUGGAAAAAGCUCCAUGACAUGGUGUGUCUGGUGAAAUGGGGGAGGAAAAAUACCCUCUUCUUUACAGCCAACCUUAACGGAUCCUGCAGUGAUCGGGGAAUGCUGGAACUGAGGAGGACGACAGACUAUGGUAAAACCAUCAAGACUGUCGCCAGUAAGAUCUACUCCUUCGGCCUGGGUGGACGCUUCCUCUUUGCCUCUGUAAUGACAGGCAAGGGCACUCUGAGAAUGAUCCACGUGUCAGUGGACCAGGGGGAGACGUGGAACAUGGCCCAGCUGCCUCCUGUUGGUCACGAGCAGUUCUACUCCAUCCUGGCAGCAAACGAUGAAAUGGUCUUCAUGCAUGUUGACGAGCCUGGAGAUACAGGAUUUGGUACCAUUUAUGUAUCAGAUGACCGGGGAACUGUGUACUCCAAGUCACUGGAGCGCCACCUUUACACCACCACAGGAGGCGAGACAGACUUCACCAACGUCACCUCCCUGCGUGGAGUUUUCGUCACCAGCGUCCUGGCAGAAGAUAACUCUGUGCAGACUGUGGAGUCCUUUGAUCAGGGAGGGGAAUGGGUUCCUCUGCGUAAACCGGCCGAAAGCAAGUGUGAUGCUACAGCCAAAGACCCCAACAAGUGCAGCCUCCACAUCCAUGCAUCCUACAGUACUGCUAUGAACCUGAAUGUCCCCAUGCUGCCUCUGACUGAAUCAAACGCAGUCGGUCUCAUCUUAGCUCAUGGGAGUGUUGGUGACGCCAUCUCAGUCAUGAAGCCAGAUGUGUAUGUGUCUGAUGAUGGUGGCUACACCUGGAUAAAGGCCCUCGAUGGGCCCCAUCACUAUGCUAUUCUGGACUCUGGAGGGCUGCUGGUUGCCGUGGAGCACAGCCCCACUCAGCCUAUCAACAAGAUCAAAUUUUCCACUGAUGAAGGACAGUGCUGGGGUGUGUACACGUUUACUGAUGACCCAGUCUACUUCACUGGGCUGGCGUCAGAGCCGGGAGCUCGCUCCAUGAAUGUCAGUAUCUGGGGCUACAGAGACUCCCUUAUCAGCCAGUACUGGAUCUCCAUCACCAUCGACUUCAGGGAUCUUCUCACCAGAGACUGUGAAGACAAGGACUAUGUGCAGUGGUUGGCCCACUCUGAUGACAUCAGUGACCCCAAUGAUGGGUGCAUGCUGGGCUACAAAGAAAGGUUCCUGCGUCUCAGGAAAGAUUCUGUUUGUUGGAACGGACGAGAUUACCAAGUCAACACCCAGCCAACCCCGUGUCCGUGCACUCUGGAUGACUUCCUGUGUGACUUUGGAUACUACCGUCAAGAGAAUAGCUCUGAGUGUGUGGAGCAGCCGGACCUGAAAGGCAAAGUGCUGGAGUUCUGUCUGCAUGGCAAAGAAGAGCAACUGCAGACUAGUGGCUAUAGGAAAAUCCCUGGAGAUAAAUGUGAGGGAGGACAGAUGCCUGAGCGUAAAGAGAUCGACCUCAGUAAGAGGUGUGUGAGCGACCUGCUGGGCCCAGAACUUCUGAUUGACAGUCGGCCCUCCAAGUCUGUAGCCAUCGUGGUAACGGUCAUCAUCGUCAUGCUGCUGAGUGUCGCAGCAGGAGUUGUCUUUGUCAAAAAAUAUGUCUGUGGUGGCAGGUUCUUGGUUCACAGGUACUCAGUGCUGCAGCAGCAUGUUGAGGUAAACACUGUUGACGGGGUGGACGACCCGCUGGAGACGAACCACACUCACAAUGGCAAGAUCGAGUUUCAUGACGACUCAGACGAGGACCUGCUUGAAUAACAGGCACAACCUGUCAUGCAUCUGAGCAACAUGUUUCCAGUCCACCCCGUGGACGGCUGCUGUUCCUGUCAUUUUUUUUGUCUCCAGCUACUUCUUCUUUUCAACUUCUCGUAAGAACUUUGGCCUCAGCUACCAGACAAAGAGUCUGUGUCAAUCUGCUGUCAUCUAUGAAGUAUAAUGAAUGUAUGGAAGCUUUCCUGGACUAACGUCACAGUCGAGAACUACUGUAUGAAGGAGGGCUUGUAGUGUUGUGCUUCACUUACUGAUUCUAUUGAUUGAGUUUGAAUCCUUUGAAUCUCCAAGUUAUUUAUUUUAUGGAAUGAAGAAGUGGAGGAAUGAGGAAGUGAUGCACUAAUUUGAACUACUGAUAGAACUGGAGUGAUGGGUUUUGAAUCAAAGCUAGCUGUAUAAGUCCACUACCAUCGCAUUACGGGUCCUGCUUCUCCCAUCACCUGGGAGCGCUCCUGGAAAUAUUCCUCAGUUCUGUUGAAGAUCUCUUUUCUUUUUUUUUUCCAUGCACUUGUACAUAAACCUGUUUUUCCUUGACAUUUUUGUAAUGGGGUCUCAAUUCGGUCGGUGUUCAAAAACUUUGCUGGUUAAUAACUCUCCCAGACCCCAUGAGUCUUAAUCCCUACUUUGAGUAAGUAUUUUGCUGGUCAAAAAGUUUGUCCACGGAUGACCAGGAGUAUGUAAAUCUUUAGCUAUUUUUUUUUUUCUUUAAUCUGAAACCUGCUGUUGUAGUCUGGAUCUGGAAUUGAAGACUGCAUACUUUUGGUUUUCCAUGGCACUGAGCUCCAUGGUUGAAGUAAUAAGAUACAAAUGGGAAUUCUCAUUUGCAUUAGCUUUGAUAGCAAUAACAUAUUCAGAUUCAGUAUCUUGUCCAUGCACGUUAAAUAAUCCUACUGGCACCAUAUUGCUCAUGUUAUCCAGUUAGUUUGAUGCCCGGAGAUAUAAUUGCGUGAAAAACAUUACGCAUCAGUGUAUAGGACGGUUAAAUGUGUCUUGUUUCAAGACAGAAUUUGUUCUGCAGUUCUAACUGCCUAAAGCACAAGGUAUACUUAGAAUGUGUAGUCUAACAUUUUUCCUAAAUGUGACCUAAUGAUUCACAUGAUCACUAGUCAUAUAGUCAUGUCUGUAAUCAUUUGAGCAGUUUUUGUACUACCUGAACUUUUAAACUUGUGUGACAAAUGACCAGCUGUGGUUUGAAGAUGUUCAGAAAUAAUUAUAGUUUGAUAGUAAAUAUCUGCAGAUAUUUUUUACAACUGAUUCGGAUGAAUACAUCGAUAUAAUUUGGUGACAGAAGUAGUGUGAAAAAACAAUUCAAUUAUGUAAAUGUUGUAGCAUAAUUAACACUGUACUUUAUUAGGAAAAGUUGACAGACAUGGUUGUGUAAUUUGAAACACUGUGUGAGAAUGUUUGUUUGGUAUGUGGUUUUUGCAUCUUAGGUGGAGCAAAUUCUGCAAAAAGGCAGGGUUACUGCAAGUUCCUCACAGUGAACUGCUGUUUUCUUUUCAGUCGUCCUGAUGCUUUUGUCAUUUUGAAGCUAAACUGGCAAAUGACUUGCAACAGAUCUGUUCGUUCACAUCAAGUCUUAAAGGUUUUUUCUUCUUCAUUUAAACAUGUUGCACAAUUAUUUGCCCGUCUUGUGUUAAAUACGUUGCUUUCCUACAGGUUUUAUUUAAUUGUGACUAGGAGGUUCAGAGUGCAGUAAAUUGGGUGUGAUUAUACAAGUGCCUGGUGUGAGGAUAUGAAAUGAGACCCUCCUGCUGCGUGACCAGCAUCUAUUUACUGAUAGUUAUAUCGUUUAAUGUGCAGCAGGUUUCCUACAUACACCCUUAAGUUGUACUUGUUGCCUAAGAUGAGUGCUUGAGCAGCAAAGGAAUUGUCUGUUUCACAAGAGUUCCCAUUAAACUGCAUGUUAACUUUCAGUAAUAUUUAAAUCCACAGAGCUUUGUGAAGAAAGUAGCCUUCAGUGACCUGGUUUUUCUCUCAUUCCUAAAUUCUUCCUGUGAUACUUUGACAAUAGUCAGUUCAAAUAACAAACGCAGAUUGAAUAGUGUUACUGUGUAGCUACUUUACACUGGGAGACACCUGGAAAGUUCUUAUUUAAUGAUUUAUUGCAAGUGAAGGUAACACAUUUUUCUUACAGUUUAAAACUGCUGUAUAAAUUAAGUCUUUGUGAUGGUUCUGUAAAUAUACAAGGUUACAUCUUUGUAUCUGCUAUGUUUCACUCUUCUGUAUAUUUGAGGCAGUUUUCCUGGGUUUGCCAAUAAAUUCAAAUGUUCCUCUA